UCGGCGCGAGAGCCGGAGCAGCCGUUCUCAUUUAUACCAUCUCGUUUGAAUCCAGUCGUCCUGUGUAAACCCUUAAAAUUGUCAAAUUCUGGUUUCUCAAUUACUAUCUUCAAGUAGGUAAAAUGGCUAACCGAAGUCUAUAACUAAGAGGACCAGAAACUUGAAAAGCCCUCAUUUUUCGUGCAAACAUAAUCUGAUGCAUUCAAGGCAUGCUGCAUUGGUCCGCUUGCAUUCGAUAGAACCAACCUUACCUCACAACCCAAGCAACAACUUCUCAAAGCCGAUACCAACUUGCCCAGGAAAUCCUGUGCCACACCUUCUCAAGAAAUGUAUUAAUCUCUUGCAGUUAUGUGCCUCCUCCAUAAUCAGACUCAAGCAAAUCCAUGCCUUCUCGAUCAGACAUGGCGUCUCACUAUCCAACCCAGACAUGGGCAAGCACCUCAUCUUCACCAUUGUGUCCCUCUCAUCUCCCAUGUCUUAUGCCCAGCAUAUAUUUUCGAAACUCCAGGGUCCCAACAUCUUCACACGGAAUACCAUGAUUAAAGGCUAUGCUGAGAGUGCGAACCCAAGGCCAGCCGUUGAAUUGUACUAUCAAAUGCAUAUGUCCUCCAUAGAACCUGACACACACACAUACCCUUUUCUUCUGAAGGCUGUAGCUAAGUUGACUGCUGUUAGAGAGGGAGAAAAGAUACAUUCCAUUGCUAUAAGAAAUGGGUUUGAGUCAUUGGUUUUUGUUCAAAACUCAUUGGUUCAUAUGUACGCUGCUUGUGGGCAUGCCGAGUGUGCACACAGGAUGUUUGAGUUAACGCCUGAAAAAGAUCUUGUGGCUUGGAAUUCUGUCAUUAAUGGGUAUGCUCUUAAUGGGAUGCCCAAUGAGGCCCUGACCCUUUUCCGGGAAAUGGGUUUGGAGGGUGUUCAGCCAGAUGGAUUCACUAUGGUAAGUUUAUUGUCUGCUUGUGCUGAGCUUGGAGCAUUGGCAUUGGGGAGGAGGGCCCACGUGUAUAUGUUUAAAGUUGGUUUGAGUGUCAACUUGCAUGCUAAUAAUUCCCUCUUGGACCUCUAUGCAAAGUGUGGGAGUAUUAGAGAUGCGCAAAAAAUAUUUGAUGAGAUGAAGGAGAGGAAUGUGGUUUCUUGGACUUCUUUGAUAGUUGGGUUGGCUGUUAAUGGGUUUGGUAAGGAAGCACUUGAGCUUUUCAAGGAUUUAGAAAAAGAGGGGUUUGUGCCAACGGCAGUAACUUUUGUUGGGGUCCUAUAUGCUUGUAGUCAUUGCGGAAUGGUGGAUGAGGGGUUUAAUUAUUUUGAGAGGAUGAAAAAGGAAUAUGGCCUUGUGCCUAGGAUGGAACACUAUGGCUGCAUGGUUGAUUUGUUGGGUAGGUCAGGCAAGGUGAAAGAAGCAUAUGAAUAUAUUCAAAACAUGCCAUUGCAGCCCAAUGCCGUUAUUUGGAGGACCUUGUUGGGAGCAUGCACGAUUCAUGGACUUUUGUCUCUUGGGGAGGUUGCAAGAGCCCGGCUUCUAGAAUUAGAGCCUGGGCAUAGUGGGGAUUAUGUACUCCUCUCAAAUCUUUAUGCAGCAGAGCGUCAUUGGUCAGAUGUGCAAAAGUUAAGGAGGACAAUGCUUACAGAAGGGGUGAGGAAAACUCCUGGAUAUAGCCUUGUUGAGUUAGGAAAUAAGGUUUAUGAAUUUACUAUUGGUGAUAGAUCUCAACCUCAAAGUGAGGAUAUAUAUGCAAUGCUAGCUGAGAUCACAAAGUUGUUGAAAUUGGAAGGUUAUGUGCCUCACACAGCAAAUGUGCUUGCAGACAUAGAGGAGGAGGAAAAGGAAAAUGCUUUGUUGUAUCAUAGUGAGAAAAUUGCAAUUGCUUUUAUGCUUAUCAAUACAACACCGGGGACCCCAAUUAGAGUUGUAAAGAAUUUGAGAGCGUGUGCAGAUUGCCAUUUGGCUAUCAAACUCAUAUCCAAGGUUUUCAAGCGAGAGAUUGCUGUGAGGGACCGUAGUCGGUUUCACCAUUUCAGAAAUGGUGACUGUUCUUGUCAGGAUUAUUGGUAACUAUUGGUCAAUUCAUGUGAAAGAUCAGAUUUUAUCAGAUAUGCUGCUUUCCAGCCACGAAAAGUCGACACGCGCUCCACCAUGAUGUUUCCCUGCUGCCGAUUUGUUGGGACGACGCAGAGCUACGCCCAAAAUGCCAUCGCGUGGACCUCACGCUCGGCUUGUUUUCGCGUAUGGUCUUCACGCUCCACUGCUCUUCGAUAGCUCUGCUGGCUACACACGCCGCACUGGCAGAUUCCCCUCCCUCCGUUCAUUUUGAUUCGCCUAACCUCAUCUCCAUCCCAUCGGCACGUGGCCCUCGUGCGCUACUCCAGAGGCGUGGGUUGACUGUCCCGCCACCCUAGAUCUACUCUUCCGAUGACGACCUCUCUAAAUUUUUGCUUUUUCUAAUUGGUGAUUUUGUUGAAGAGACUAAGGAUCUCUCCAUAAAAUUUUUCAAGACAAUAGAUUGCAGUGCACCUGUUGUCAUUGCCUCCAGCAGUGGCUUACUUUCAAAAUGUCUUUUAAGACGGUACCCUUGUAAUAGGGCUUAGGUUGUGACCAAGAAAUUGGUCUCAAAAUCUUUUUUUUUUUCUUUUUUCUUUUUUUUUUCCACCACUUUUGCACUGUGGUUAUUGUAUUGGGGUAUUUAUUGGAAAACCUUACCCCCUAACAUGU